AGACACCGUGGACCUGAACUGGUGUGUGAUUUCUGACAUGGAAGUCAUUGAGCUGAACAAGUGCACCUCAGGCCAGUCCUUUGAAGUCAUCCUGAAGCCGCCCUCCUUUGACGGGGUGCCUGAGUUCAAUGCUUCGCUACCCAGGCGGCGAGACCCUUCACUGGAAGAAAUCCAGAAGAAACUAGAAGCAGCCGAGGAGCGAAGGAAGUACCAAGAAGCUGAGCUCCUGAAGCACCUGGCGGAGAAACGAGAACAUGAGCGGGAGGUGAUCCAAAAAGCCAUAGAAGAAAACAACAACUUCAUCAAGAUGGCUAAGGAAAAACUGGCCCAGAAGAUGGAAUCCAACAAGGAGAACCGAGAGGCCCACCUUGCUGCCAUGUUGGAACGGCUGCAAGAGAAGGAACCGCCUGCUGCGCGGUGACUCCCGGGACCCGAUCGGUGGCCUCGUCCCAUGGACAAGCACGCGGAGGAGGUGCGGAAAAACAAGGAGCUGAAGGAAGAGGCCUCUAGGUAAAGCCCUGAGGCCAAAGAAGUUUCCAGAACGGCCGGACAGCUCCAGCAGCUCCGCAGUUCCUGAGGCAGCCUCGCCCACCGCCGGCUGCUCUCCCAGCACUGGGGUUUGGGGGGUGGGGGGUGGCCAGGGGUUGUUCCCUCUGCUUUUGGUGUUUGUACAUGUUAAGAAUUGACCAGUGAAGCCAUCCUAUUUGUUUCUGGGGAACAAUGAUAGGGUGGGAGAGGGGAAAGAAGGAGAGAGUUUGGGAAAGGGAGGUAGAGAAGGACUCACAAGCACUGCAGCCCUGCCCACUGCAGAGUCAGGUCAAGUCCUUGGCUUUUCUUCACAGUAAACAUCCAGGCACAUGUUGAGGGGAGUUGAAACAGGGCAGUAGAAGCUCCGAGGGAAGUACGGAGUCCUGGGUGGGGCAGUGGCUGCAGGGCGUGGCAGGAGGGGCCCAGAGAGAUGGUGGGGGGCCGGGAGGUGUUGCUCCCGCCCUGCAACAGCUGGGAUGAGGUCUGAAUGUGUGUGUCUUAACCAUCAUCUUUUGAUCAUCAUGACCAAUGAAAUAUUUA